GUGUCUACAACUUCUAGCCCAAACAUGGACGUGGUAGCCGUGACAGGCUCUAGCGGCUUGGCUGGACGUUUUGUGGUCGAACGACUAGCGAAAUCCGGACGUUAUAAGGAGAUUCGACUCAUUGACAAAGUACCAGCAGCUCGCAAUAGUAUUGACGGCGUUCAGCUGCGACAUUUCGUUUUCGACAUCAGCGACGAAGGCGCUCUCGAACGUGCCCUACAAGGAUGUACAGCCGUUGUACAUUGUGCUCAUGCCCAAAUGCCAUGGAAGUAUCAAGACAAAAAGGAAAUUGAGAUGAUGUGGAGCGAUAACCUUACGGCUACCGAAAUCCUUGUCGACACUAUGCAACGUCUCGGAAUUGCCACUUUAGUACAUGUCGGUGACGCGUACUCCGCACUACCCAUCGAGGACAACUAUGGACUGGGAGAACUAGUUUUUCUCGAUUAUCCGCGCAACUAUCUUCUUGGCGACUAUGGCGAAUCACGAACUAGAGGCGAAAUGUAUGCAAGGACAGCUUGUAAAAAAGAUGAUUCCUUCAAUGCAGUAUUCCUCCGGCCAGUCCAUAUUCAUGGUGAACAAGGAUCCAGCUCAUGGUUCAAGCUCAAGGAAAUGACCGAACAAGGAAAUAUACCUUAUGUAGAAGGAGAACGCCGUGGUAUGCAUCAAUUUAUUUACGCUGGAAACAUAGCUGCUAUUGUGGAUCGCUGUCUCAGCAGAUUAACAGCUGAUCCAAAGUCGUUGAAUGGUGAACUGGUUUACUGUGUUGACGAUACCAACGUAAUCCCGUUCAGAGAGUUCUUGGAGAAUCGUGUACGCUCAUCGCUGUUUUCACCAAAGGUCGCCAUCUCAUACGAGAAAUCAUUUCUGUACCAUUAUCUCGACUGGAUCAAAUACAAUCUCGGAAUAAAGCCACCCACUGACGUGUUAUCGUACCCGAUGUUCCGUUUUCUGUUCGCUAAGACAAUCGGGUUUUCGAACAGGAAACAACGACUCUUGCUCGACUACGUCCCUGAGAUUUCCCCAGAAGAAACCAUGAAACGAACACAGGACAUGCUUCUAGAAAGUCCAUAUAUUCCUAGAAGUGCUGUUAAAAGUGGUUAAUUGUAGAACAUACUUUGUUCAAGGGUUUCAUCGUUACUUGAAUGCAAUAUAAUUGCUCUGUAAAUGCUCAUUUAUGAAGUGUUUUUCUAUAUAGUUUGAAUAAAAUAUACUAUAAAACCUGC